AUGUUCAUCUUUUCACAUCUUAUCAUUUCCACCUGUUUCUUAUUCAACCAUGUCGAUUCUCUUGGAGGAAAGCCAUUCCACGUGGCACAGAGAGAUAUGACCGGAAAGAAUUAUGCGGUGCUAGCAUUGUGUGAUGACUCUUCAAAGGGACAUCAUAUUAAUGUGACUCUCAAUUUGAAAAACGAUGCUGGAGAUAAUCUGGAAAUUGUUCAUUUCCGGUACUCCAAGGAGCCAAUUGAGAUCGAAGACCACUCUGCUCACAACAUCACCGAAGUAGUCCUGACUGCUGACGUUGCACCAGUUCCAUAUAACAUUCAGAAGGUGUCUGUCAGAAUUCGUGAUAACCUCUUCAAACUACACGUCAAUCAAGAAUGCGAUGACGAAGAGGAAUUCAUCACAUCGAAGACCCAGCAGACAUUCUGGAGCCGUCGUAUUGACUGUGAAAGAAAAGAUGUUUACUGUGAUGAUCGUCACGAUGAAUUCCUGGGAUGCGAAUCUGUAUUCGUCUAUCACAUGUCAUGGAAACUUCAAUUUCUUCAUUUUUUAUCUUACUUUAGGGCCAUCAUGAAAGAGCCGUGCUUCCGUUGCAAACGACCGACUUAUUUCAAUGACAAGAUGGGACCAUUGAAAGAUGGAUCAAUGUUCCAUAAGGGAUGUUUCAAAUGCUGGAUUUGCGGAACUCGGCUCUCACUCAAAACUUAUCACAACAACAGAAACGAUAACACUGAUCUCGAGGUUUACUGUGCCGGACAUGUGCCAACACCAGGGCCACACGAUCCAAUUCCACAUCGAUCAAAUCUUUUGUUCUCGCCAAAAACAAAGGGAGAAUAUCCACACAAUUUGAUGAGACCUGCAGGACCAACAUAA